CAAGCAGACGCGACGCCAUUUGCUGCCGGCCGUGCGUGUGUAAAGCAGUUCUCGGAAGAGCUCGGUCUCGGGACUCCUCCGCGCACGCGACCGGCCUCUCGCGCCCGCUUGGUACCGCGGGGCUCCACGCGUCACCCCUCGCGCCCCUUGGAGGAAUCGCCGCCGCCGCCACCACCACCGCCGCCGCCCGAGUAAGAGUCGGAGUCGCCGCGAGGCCUCUGCUCCCGCCAUGCCCAAGAAUAAAGGUAAAGGAGGUAAAAACAGACGUAGGGGUAAGAAUGAAAAUGAAUCCGAAAAAAGAGAAUUGGUGUUCAAGGAAGAUGGGCAAGAAUAUGCUCAGGUAAUCAAAAUGUUGGGAAAUGGACGCUUAGAAGCAAUGUGUUUUGAUGGUGUAAAGAGAUUGUGUCACAUCAGAGGGAAAUUGAGGAAAAAGGUUUGGAUCAAUACCUCCGACAUAAUAUUAGUUGGUCUACGAGACUACCAGGAUAAUAAAGCUGAUGUAAUUUUAAAAUACAAUGCUGAUGAAGCGAGAAGUCUGAAGGCAUAUGGCGAGCUUCCGGAGCAUGCUAAAAUCAAUGAAACUGAUACGUUUGGUCCUGGAGAUGAUGAUGAAAUCCAGUUUGAUGACAUUGGUGAUGACGACGAAGACAUUGAUGAUAUCUAACUUGACCUCAACAUUCUGCAUUCCAACUUCUCUGAAGAUUUGAUUGUUCAACAAUUUGGAUUUCGGCUAAGGCCUGUAAAAGAAGAUUAAAAUUCCAUUAAUUUGAAUGCAGUUGGGUUAAAGCACACUGAUUUGUUUCUAAGGUGUUUCUUUAAAACCGGUAGUGCUGAAUUAAGUGAAAUAUUAAGCUCACUUUGUUCUUUGGGUGUAAUGGAACUUAUGGGUAAAAGAGUACAGCUACUAUUUUUGAAAAGGGGAAAAAAAACCUUUCCUAUUUUGACCACUUCCAGUAAAUAAAUGGAUGCUUUGAAUAAACCAUUUGCCCUAUACUUACCAAUUAUAAGUAAGCCCUAGUUUUUACUGGCCUGUUGACUGUACAGGGGCUUUCUAUAUAGUCCAGUUACCUACAUGUAUCCUUGAGGUUUUGAACAAAUUUAAGGGAAGCAGAAAUGUGCAUUUGAAAUCAGAAGUGAUUUGGUCUGUUUUUCAUAUUUAAGUAGCAUGUGGCUAUUUUUAUACUAAUUUUGCUAUUGCAUACAUUCUUUUCAUGACCUUAUUUUGUAACUAUAAACAUCAGCAAGAAAGCAUUUCUAGCAUGCAGAUAUUAGAACCUGGGUUUUAAUAGCAAUUUUGAAUUUGUGAAGUUAGUAGUUGCAGAAAUUGAACACUAGGUGGCACCCAGUUAUCUUAACAUUGGAAAUACUGACGUGGUUGUAAAUUUUUUUUUACACUUUACUGUGCAUACGAAAUAUCCCAACCAAGAUUUUUUUUAUCGUGCAUGUAUGUUGAAUAUUUUUACAUAACUAAAAGGUUAUUGUCAUUUUAUUUCAGAAGUCAUAUGUGCAAGCUACAAUUUUGAAUGACUUGUACACAUGACUUAUGUAUAAAUGAAAAUUUAAUUUCAUAACAACUUGCACAAAUUAAGCCCUUUUCAAACGAUCCCUAAGCUGGGGAAAGAGGCGGGAAUAACAACUUAAUGAAAAGAUAGUCUCCCAUUUCUGAAUGGAAGAGCUACAGCGGAGAAUAUUAAUAAAGACAAUGUCAUACUGCACAGUGUAUUAUACACUUUGUGUUAGGGUAUAUUUUAUUGUGUGUACAGAUUUUUUUUUUUUGCUUGUAUAUUAUUGGGACUUUAGAUUCAUCCUUUCUCAUUCAGUUUUUCAUGGCAACUAGUAAAAUAAAAUUAAAGGCUGGACUAGUUAGACCUCACCAGCCACGUUGAAUUUAUGUGCAACUUUAAAAGAAGAGAUCCACCAUGUAGCGUGUGAUGCUUUUAUUCUGCUGGUCUCCAGAGAACUUUGCUGUGAUAAAAAGUAAUGUAAAGGGGAAUAAACCUUCACAUGACUUACAAAAAAACCCCAAAUCUCUCAUAAGUGUGCAAACUCUGGAAUCAAAAUCUGUGGAUCUAUAAAACAUUGUUAAAGAAUAUAAAUUUUGAAUGGACA